CACGUGGAAACUUUGACAUUUCGAAGGCAUUGUUGUGUCUUCGACAAGUUCAUUUUCGUUAUUUAAUGUAGUAUUUUGUAGAAAUUUGAGUUAUAUAUUACAGUUCAAACACUUCAUUCUUUAUUUAUUUGUCGUAACGAAUAGAAUUCAUUCGCAAGUUAGCCAUGGCUCCUGCUGUUUCUCCUUUGGGUCCACGUCCACUAGUCUUUUGUGGUCCAUCUGGCUCAGGGAAAUCUACUCUUAUCAAACAAAUUAUGAGUGAUUUCAAAGGUGUUUUUGGAUUUUCUGUAUCUCAUACCACAAGGUCUCCAAGACCAGGUGAAGUUGAUGGGAAAGACUAUCAUUAUGUAUCAAGAGAAGCUAUGGAAAAGGGAAUAUCUAAUGGAGAAUUUAUUGAAUCAGCUACUUUCUCUGAUAACAUGUAUGGUACCAGUAAAAAGGCAGUGGAAGAUGUUCAGCGCAGCAAUAAAAUAUGCAUUUUGGAUAUUGAUACUCAAGGGGUGAAACUUAUAAAGGAGACAUCUCUUAAUCCAAUUUUCAUUUUUAUGAAACCCCCUUCAAUGGAGGUCUUGGAACAAAGACUUAGGGGAAGAAAUACUGAGAGUGAAGAGAGUCUUCAGAAAAGACUCCUAACAGCCAAAGCUGAGAUGGAAUAUGGCAGUGAACCCCAGAAUUUUGACAUUGUAAUUGAGAAUGACCAGCUUGACAAGGCCUACCAAGAUUUGAAAGAAUUUUUGAUGCCUUUUAUUAAAGAAGUUAAGAAUUAGGAAAAUUUGCAAAGAAAUAAUAAAAACUUAGGUGCCACUUUUUGGUAGCUGAUAUCUUAUCUUCUCUUAAGCAUUUCAUCCAAUGUUUUUUGUCUCCUCUUCACUCUGAUUUUUUCUAACAUUGUCUGAAAAAAUUUCAAAAAUUUCAAAUAACUUAUUAUUUUAAAAAUUGAUUCCAAGAAUACACUACCUGGUGAGCUCCUGCAA